CAGGAAAUACAAACAUGUAUAUAUAUUUUAUCUAAAACAUAUAAUCCUGGACUAUUACUAGAACCAAUGUUUGUUUUUAAUUAUUUGACACGCAAAUAAAAAAAAUAUUUUAAAAAACAAGUCAUUACACUAAUGGCCAUUUAACGGGGAUCGCCGAGCUGCGAAACAAGCGCUCGUUUGGUCAGAAUAGCACGCAUGCGCUGAAUAGCUGUUGGUUACUAGCCCAUCUGGACGGACAUCUCGCCAACAUCACAGCUCUUUUCGACAUUUUAUUAAAACCCUGGUCAUCUAUGUAUAUGUUCUAAAAGGUUCCCCGACAUGGAGUGGCAGACACCAGCUGUGUCGGAGAAGUUCCAGAGUCGAUUUGGCCGUCUUCCCGGAACGGCAGACAGUGCGGACACUGGCGGUGGAGCCUUGACAUCUGACCGCACAGAAGAUUUCUGCAGGGUCGGCAGCGGCGCCUCCUUCCAGCCCAUCCGCAGUCAGAUUCCCAUCCCCACCGCGCAUGUCAUGCCCUCCACGGCCUCCGAGCCCCACCUCCGCGCCCUGGAGGAGCCCCAGGCCAGCGCUGAGCUCCACAGGACCUCCUCGGCCUCCAGGACCUCCAGCAGCUCCAGCUCCAACUCCAAGUCCUCCUCGCUCUCCAAGUCCGCCUCCUCGCCCAACUUGGACGCUCAGGGCGCCGGCGGCGGGGGGGCGGUGGGGGACCCCGCGGGGCCCAAGCCCGACUGCCUGAGCAGGUUCCGCAGCCUCGUCAACGGACUGGACCACUCGCUCUUCCCCUCGGGGGAGCACACCCGCUUCGACGAGAGCCAGAGGUUCGACACCCCCUCGGUGGAGCCCACGCUCAACCAGACGGCCCUGACGGGCGGGAUGUGUCCCGACGGGAGGCUCAGGGUGCAGUCCCAGGGCCGCGGGACGGAGGCCUACAAAGGCAGCCUGGAGAACUCUUACAAAGCGCUCCCGGAGGCCCGGUCCGAGGCCUGCAGGGCCGGCCAGGCCGGGGCGGCUGGCCCUGCAGGCCUUUACCCCGGCUCCCUUGGCCCUCUGCAGGCACAGGCUCUGCAGAGGGAGCACGCGGCGGCGGCGGCGGCGGCCAACGCCUACGAAGCGCAGAGCCUUCAGGACGCGUGCAGCGCCCUGUCCAGCUGCCACCAGCAGCAGCAGCACAAGCAGCAGCUGGAGAGCCUGCGACUGCAGGUGGAACAAAUGCAGUUAAUGUCCUCUGGGUUGGGCAUCAAUGUCCCGUACCCUUCGUUGUACUCCGCUCCCCUGCACCCUGAGGCCGCGAAGUGGGAGACUCUGGUCAAAGCCAACGAGGGGCUGCUGAAGGAGAAGGAGAUCCUGAUCGAGAGGCAGAAGCAGCACAUGGUCCAGCUGGAGCAGCGCCUUCGGGACAGCGAGCUGCAGGUCCACGGGGCCCUCCUGGGCCGAGGGGCCCCCUACGCCGACGUGUGCAUGCUCCGGCUGCAGGAGGCCCAGCGGGAGAACGCCUUCCUCCGGGCUCAGUUUGCCGAGCGGGCCGAGUGCGCCGCCAUGGAGCAGGCGGAGGCGGAGCGCCGCCUGGGCGGCGUGGAGGCGGAGACGCGGCACCUGACGGACGCGUUGAGGGAGAGCGGCGAGAGGCACGGCGAGGAGCUGAGGAAGCAGGAGGAGAGGAUCCGCAGUCGAGACAAGCACAUCAACAACCUGAAGAAGAAGUGCCAGAAGGAGGCGGAGCAGAACCGAGAGAAGCAGCAGCGCAUCGAGACCCUGGAGCGCUACCUCGCGGACCUGCCCACCAUGGAGGACUACCAGAGCCAGAACAAACAGCUGCUGCAGACGGAGGAGAAGGCGGCCCAGCUGCAGGCCCGGCUCCGGGAGCUGGGGGUGAGCCUGGAGGAGGCCCGGUCCCACGCCCGGGAGAAGGAGGCGCUGCUGGAGGACCAGCGGCGCAAGGAGAGGGAGCUUCUGACCACCGUCACCAGUCUGCAGGAGCGGGUGCAGGAGGGACUGGAGGACGGGGCCCGACUGCCUUCCCUGGACGCCGAGACGCUGCGGGCGGAGAACGGCGUCCUGAGGGACGAGCAGCAGAGACUCAAGAAGGUCAUAGAGAAGCAACACCGGAUGAUGGAACAGCUCGGAUCACAGCUUCGGGCUUUAGAGGAGCAGGUGUCUCAAGAGGACGGUGGCUCCCAGGCGCUCCGAGAGGAGGUGUUCUCCAAGGAACGGAGCCUGCUAGAGCUCCGCACCGCCAUGAAGGAGCUCUGCGUCCAGAACCAGGACCUGAUGGAGCAGAACCUCACCCUGCAGGAGAGGGUGGCGGACGGCGAGUGGAAGCACCGGGCCUCGUCCGGCCCGCAGCCCGCGGCGGCCCGCCUCACGCAGCGCCUGCACGGCGAGAUGUCCUCGUGCCUGUGCGACCUGCGCUCGCUGUGCAACGUGCUGACCCAGCGCUCCCAGGGCCAGGACCCCAACCUCUCGCUCCUGCUGGGCAUCGCGGGCCCCCCCACGGCGGGAGAGCAGCUGGAGGACUGGCUGAGCCCGGAGGUGUUGCAGAAGAAGCUGGUCGAGGCCAAGCAGCUCCGCCGGGACGUGGAGGAACUACGCACCACCGUCUCCGAUCGCUACGCCCAGGACAUGGGCGAGAACUGCACCACCCAAUGACCCCUCCUCCCUCCAGUGGGCCGUUAUGAAUGACCUCUGGACGCGGACCGGUACUCCUUUUUAACAGUGUUUUUUUUCUCGGCCCGAGCUGUGCUCCAACACAUGUUUUUCUGGAGGGUCCCGGUGGUGUGGGGACUCGUCCCACAGCUCAUCGUUUCGGUCCGACCUCUUGUUAAUGGAAGGAGCCGACCGCUCGUGACGGAUGCGUCAGUGUCCUGUGUGUUGUUCUUUCUGUUGGAUGGUUUUAUUACGCUUGCCGAAAAAGUGUUUUAUUUUUGUCAAGGAUGUAUGGAUUUUUGUCUUCUUAUAUCAGUAACUAUCCCCGUAGAUAUAACUUAUUAAUAUCUUACUUUCUCUCUUGGAGGGGAAAACAGGACGUGGUUGACAAUCAACUGGAACUAACGUGAUUUUUGUUUUUGAGUGCAUUAAACUGCAAUGGUUACAUUUUAUGCCAUUAUUGAAGAUGGCGGACGGUGUAGUAUUACAGGUAGCUGGGAGUUUUCAAGAAAGAACAUUUUAGCAGAGGUAUUUUCUCCUUGAAUUAAGUGUGUGUUCUUCCAAGUAAGGCCGUGUUUUGAGCGAAUCCAUCCAAAGCACGCCACUGCUUGUGAUGUUUGUAAAUUCAAUUAAUUUAGACUUUAAAGCGCAAUUGGCCGUUAACUCUUUAAUCUCCCACCUUUUUGGUGUAUCAGCAAACAUAAUAAUCUGUACAUUCCCAGACUGUGAUUGUAACAAAUACUCCAGGGCUAUCCCGAGGCCUGAAGGGGCCUGUUCACUGUUCUUUGUAGAAACAUGAACUGUGUAAGAGCAGCUACAUCCUGUGAUUCUAGGUAGACUCAGCCCUAUCUAGAGGAUGUCACUCAGCGUUUACGUUUCAAUUGGUUUAUAUAGGAUAGCGACCCUUUGUAUAGGCAGGAUAAACACUACACUUGGAUUUAGUCUUUUUUUGUUGUGUGUUGUUGCUUAUUAUUCUGGUAAUUGGUUAUAAUUCAAUAUACUUGAUAUCAAGCACAGGAUCUAUUGAGGAAUCAUAACAGUGUUGGCUAGCUAACAUUUGUUUUAUUUGUUUUGCAGUCUGCUACCACAUGCCUUACCAUUUCUAAUGUUUGUCAAAUGGAAGAGAUGUUUAUAUUUUCAUAUGGUUGCCCUUGAUUCAAAACUUAGAAAUAAAGACUUUAUUAAAAACUA